ACGGCAUCCCGUUCAAGUAGCUGGUUUAGCUCCACGGACGCAUGCCUAUUCUAGUGCUCCACUGCCACUAUCUUUAGUAGCGCCGUGUCGGGCUCCCAUAUAUAACGUCCCUCGCCGUCUCCAUUUGGAUUUCAGCGAUCGAUCUCGACCGCACCGGCCCCGCAUGCCUGCCCACUGCCCAAAUAAAGCGUCGUCGAUCGACCGCGCGCGAUCAUGGCGAUGGUCGUCGCGGGGAGCCAUCGGCCGCCGCCGCCGCCGCAGUCGCUGCGGCUGGUCCCGCCACCGCCGCCGCAGCCUCCUCCUCCUCCUCUGACGUACAGGCACCACUGCAAGGUGUGCAAGAAGGGGUUCAUGUGCGGUCGCGCGCUCGGCGGCCACAUGAGGGCGCACGGCAUCGGCGACGACAACGACACGAUGGACGACGACGACGGCCGCGAUGAUGAUCAUUCGCUGUCACCGUGCGAUGGUGGUGGCGAGCCGUCGGAGGCAGCCGGGAGCCCGACGACGACGACGACGAAACGUAUGUACGCGCUGCGGACCAAUCCCGGGCGGCCAAGGAACUGCAGGACAUGCGAGAACUGCGGGAAGGAGUUCACGUCGUGGAAGACGUUGCUGGAUCAUGGCAGGUGCGGCCUUGACGAGGAGGACGGUCGCCUCGACGUCUCGCUCCGUUCGCCGCCGCUUCACGACGGUGGCGACGAAAACGACGGCGAGGAGGAGGAGGAGGGGGACGACCUCACACUGGCUGCGGGCGGGUGGUCGAAAGGGAAGCGCUCGCGCCGUGCUAAAGUGAUGGCCGUCGGGACCGGCUCCGUGUCCGAGCUACAGCUGCCGGCUCCGUCUACCGAAGAGGAAGACCUCGCCAACUUUCUCGUGAUGCUCUCUUCUUCUUCGUCAUCAUCGUCGCGUGUUGCACAGCCAGCCAUCGUCGUCGACGACGCGGACCAAGAGUCCUGCGCAUCAGGUAGCAAGGACGAGGAGAGGAACAGGUUCUUGGUGCCGCAGCCAAUCUCGAUGGCAGCCCCCAUGAUGGCUCAGAUGACAGUGAUCGCUCCGCAAGUGGUGCCACAGCACAUCUCGACCGUGCCACGUGGCAUGUUCGAGUGCAAGGCAUGCAAGAAGGUGUUUACAUCGCACCAGGCUCUUGGCGGGCACCGUGCCAGCCACAAGAAGGUGAAAGGAUGCUUCGCCGCGAAGCUCGAGAGCAGCCGCAACGAGACUAGUCAGACUCAGACUCAGCAGCAACACGUCUCAGCCGCUCCUCAUGACAAUACCAGGGCCACCACCUCUCAUGUCAUCACCAGCGAUAUCAGCAUGGAUGCAAACACGAUCGGUGCCAGUGCUGAUGCUGACGGCAAGGCAGCGGCAAGCGGCGUUGGCGCAGGUGAAAUUGUCCUCGCCGGAGCUUCGUCGACGGAUAUGGCCAUGAUGAUGUCGGUCGAGGACUUCGCGCCGACACCGUUGGCGCCAUCCGCCGUCUCACCGUUCAAGAAGAAGGGGAAGGUGCACGAGUGCUCCAUCUGCCACCGGGUGUUCACGUCGGGGCAAGCGCUCGGCGGCCACAAGCGAUGCCACUGGCUGACGUCGGGCGCAACGGACCCGCUCACGAAGCUCCAGCCCGUCGCCCAAGACCACGCCAUGAUGGCCGCCAUGUGCCACCAGCUCACGCUCGGGCGCCCAAUAUUCGACCCUACCGACCAGCGGAUACUAGACCUUAACGUGCCGACGAACCCACUGGCAGAAGCGGUCGCGGCCAGGCAGCAGCAGCAGCAGCAGGUCGCCGCUCUCAACGACGGCGCACUCUGCCUCAACGCGGCGGCGUCGGUGUACCUGCAGUCCUGGACAGGGCACAGCAACGGGAGCCACGUGAACAAGACCACCGCGACGAGCAGCCGCAUCAACGACGCGGCCGGCGGCGUGACCACGGAGGACGAUGAAGCGGACAGCACGAGCGCCAAGAGAGCCAAGAUCGGCGACCUCAAGGACAUGAAAGUGGCAGGGGAGUCGUUGCCCUGGCUGCAGGUUGGCAUCGGAAUUUCAUCAGAGAGCAAAGAAAAGAACACUCAAGAGUGACCUGGUCAUGACAAGGAGGUCAUGCCGACUAAUGAACUAAGAAAUUAAUUAAUUAAUUAAUUAGUGCUAAUCUAAUCCAUAUAUAUAUAUACAUAUUGUAGGUGUACGUACUAUAUCAAUGCUUUAUGUGAUCGGGAUAUAUGUAUGUGUAUAUACAUCCAAUGUAAGUAUUUACAAGUAGGGUCAAUUCAUGUGUUCCUAAAGGUUUGAGGCAACAUCUAGGGACGUAUUGCUUGGGGGACUGUAAAUUAAUAGGCUAGCAAGCUUGAUUCUAAAAGGUUUCCUUACUGUACGAUUCUUUGAGGAGCCUUGCUUUUUAUUUUUAUUUUUUUCCUUUUAUUUUUUCUAUUUUGUAACUAACCGAUUAUUUAAUUUGCUGCUUCCAAAAUGUAUAUAUGCAAGUUGAUUUUGUCCU